GCCCGGCGUGAGUCAGCUGUUAGCCUGGCACUGUGCCCGCGGCUGGGAGCUGCCGAGGGCGGAGGCGGCAGAGCAGCCGCUCGCCCUUCCUCCUGCUGUCUCCCGACACCUAGGCACCGGUGGCCUUGGGACAGAGGAGAGGGAGCCAGGCUCCAGCCACUGAACAUUAGGAAUUGGUCUCCGCAGAUCACUGCCGCCCCCCGAUGAGAGCUCCGCCAGAGGCACUCGAGCUGUGAGCGGCCGCGCGGCCCAGCAUGGCCUCGCCACUCCCGUCAUGGCGGCGCCGCUCUGCAGAUGGCGCCGAGCGCCCUCCCGCCGCCCGCCAGGCCACGCUGCAGAUGGCGGCGCGGGUGUGGCGAGCCGCGGAAGCUGGGUCAUGGCAGCGCCGGAAGAGCCGUGCGGCGGCCGGGCCGGCGGGGAGCCAGGCCGGGACGCGGCUGGUUUGAGCGGUACCCGGGGAAGGCGGUGGCGGCGGCGGCAGGACCGCGCAGCCGUCGCCAUGUUCCGCUGUGGAGAGGAGAUCGUAAGUGGGGACAGUGAAGAGGAAAACAGUGGUGUCAACUUGAUGGAUUUCUCAGAUGAGAUCCUUUUGCACAUCCUCAGUUAUGUUCCUUCCACUGACCUUGUCCUGAACGUCAGGAGGACCUGCAGGAAACUUGCAACACUUUGCCUUGACAAGAGUCUGACCCAUACAGUUUUACUUCAGAAAGACUAUAAGGUAAACAAAGACAAAGUGAAGCAGCUGAUGAGGGAUAUUGGAAAAGAGAUUUACCAGCUGAACAUGGCUGGGUGCUAUUGGCUGCCCAGCUCCACUAUCGAUCACGUAACACGCUGCAAGAACCUGGUCAAGCUGAACCUGUCUGGGUGCCACGUCACCUCUCUCCGUCUCUCAAAGAUGCUGUCCACGCUCCAGCACCUGCGCUCCCUGGCGAUCGAUGUCAACCCGGGCUUCGACGCCAGCCAGCUCAGCAGUGAGUGCAAAGCCACGCUCAGCCGUGUCUCGGAACUGAAGCAAACCCUUUUCACGCCGUCGUACGGGGUCGUUCCCUGCUGCACGAGCCUGGAGAAGCUGCUGCUUUACUUUGAGAUCCUUGACCGAUCCCGAGAAGGUUUUAUGCUCUCUGGGCAGCUAAUGGUCGGUGAGAGCAAUGUGCCCCAUUACCAGAACCUCCGUGUCUUCUAUGCCAGGCUGGCUCCUGGCUAUGUUAAUCAGGAGGUGGUGAGGCUGUACUUGGCUGUGCUGAGUGAUCGGACGCCUGAGAACCUUCACGCCUUCCUUAUUUCUGCCCCUGGUAGCUUUGCAGAGACAGGAGCCACUAAAAACCUCCUGGACUCUAUGGCUCGAAAUGCACGUCUGGAUGCUUUACAAUUGCCCAAAGCCUGGAUUAAUGGCUCUGGGCUCCUGCAACACUUGAAGUUCAACAACCCUUUCUACUUCAGCUUUAGCCGAUGCACCUUGUCUGGUGGUCACCUGAUCCAGAGGGUUAUUAAUGGUGGGAAGGAUCUUAAAAGCUUGACCAGUUUGAAUCUCAGUGGUUGUGUCCACUGUCUGGCUCCGGAGUCCUUGUUUCGGAAAGCAGAAGAUGACAUUGACAGCAGCAUUCUGGAAAGCCUGGUGGUGUCUUGCUGCAACCUGAGACACCUCAACCUCUCUGCAGCUCACCAUCACAGCUCAGAAAGCAUAGGGAAUCACUUGUGCCAGCUUCUGUCCAGGCUAAAGCACCUGCUCUCCUUAGCGCUACCGGUUUGCUCCAUCACAAACGUUGCUGCAACCGUGGAGAAGCCUCCCACAGCGUCUAAUUUGGUGCCCCAAACAUUUGGAAGGAAAGUUCGGAUUGGGAUACAGACGUGUCCGAGGAACUUAGCAGACCAGGCAAAUCAGAAGAUAGAGUCUUCGGUCUUCUGGGCUCUGAUGGGAAGCCUCCGAUUUUUGGAAACCUUGGAAAUAAUUGGGUCCAGUUUCUCCUCUGCCAUGCCCCGCAACGAGCCAGCGAUUCGCAACUCGCUGCCUCCUUGUGUCCGGGCACAAAGCGUGGGGGAUUCAGAGGUGGCUGCCAUUAGCCAACUGACUUACUUGCAGAGCCUCACCUUAGCACAACUGCCAAAUAUUCUCACUGGCUCCGGGCUGGUUAGCAUCGGAUUGCAGUGCCAGCAGUUGCGGACUCUUUCCUUGGCCAACCUGGGCAUGAUGGGGAAAGUGGGCUAUAUGUCUGCUCUCAUGGACAUGCUGAAACACUGCAAGUGUUUGAGAGAUCUCAGGCUGGAGCAGCCGUACUUCUGUGCGGGUGCCCAAUUCUUCCAGGCACUGAGUCACUGCUCUGCUCUCCAGCGGCUUUGCAUCGUCUCCCGGAGUGGGACUCUGCAGUCUGACGCAGUGAUGUCAUUCAUGGCCAACUGCCUUGAGGUCAUCAUGUGCCACAUGUUUAUGGGAGAAUCUCUUACUGCUUGCAGAAAUCUCCAGCAAUCUAUUGUCCGGAGUUUCCAGGCAGAUCGCCCCGCGUUAAACGUCGUCAUUUUCCCGCUGCUUCACGAGGACUUGACAGAGGUCAUCAGAGAUGUCCCCAUGCGACACUUGGAUGAAAUUACCUUGUUUAAAAGCAGAGUGGCUGAGGAACCUCCCAAUUUGUGGUGGUGACUGUCACAGCAUGGGAAGGACCGUGUGAGCACAUGAAACAGCUUCUCGUUGGCCUGGAUUCCCCCACCUUCAGCUCCCGACCACCUCAGUGGAUGCUGUACAAUCACUUUGAGUAGGUGCAACUGCAAAAUAAAAGAAGCUGGUCCUUUGCAGUGGGGAAACAUCUGUUGGAUAUUGCUUGCAUCUGAAAAUCCUGCCUCAGAGGCUUCUGGAAUCUGAGGGGUGUUUUCCUUGCAGUUAAUUAUGAAUUGGUUUGUUAUUUCAUUGCAGUUAAAGGUAGGAGAAACUGACUUAACGAUGCUCUUUCCCCUGUGUCGCCUGGUGUGUUUCCUAGGGGUCCUCGUGUACUUUGGCAGUGUGCUUUGUGAUAUUGGUGGACAUCAUUCUUUGCUUCAGUCUAUUUUUGGCAAAGUAGAAAGCCUAAGCCAGUGAAGAGGCACAAAUAUGUGUUGCUCUGUUGAAGUGCAUCACAUCUUCUCUGUGUUACAGAUAGGCAUUGGUAGUCACACAUAUGCAGUUACUGAUAUUCAAAGGAGAUUUUUUGAUGGAGAAGCACCACAAGGACUCAUUUUUUUUUCAUUUGUGAAUGACAAAUUAAGGUCAUUAGCACCUCAACCAUGGUGUGUUCUUGCUGGUGCUGUUCCAUCAGCUUGGUGGCAGAAGUUCUCAGCUCUUUUGGGAAUCCUUGUGCUAGGGUAGAUGGUGCCUACAGUGACUGAGUUGAGGCUCAAAUCUGAUUUGAAUGCAGUCCAUCUUGUAGUGUAGAUGGGGAUGUGGUGUUCCAGUUCUGUACUUAGAUCCCAUGCCUUGAGCUCAUGCUAAUUUUAGAGAUGUUGUGAAGUAUUUUCACAGUGUGAUUUCAGUCAGCUUCUCUGCUCCACAGAACUUCCUCAGGCAUCAGUAGUGGUCUGGAUCACUUUCAUAUUGCCUUAUUUACUGAGCACUUUUGAAAGCAUCAGACAGCUGUACCAAAAGCCAAGUUAGGAAUUCCUGGAGCUGUGUUUCUGGGUGGCAGCCGGAUUUCCCUUCUGCUGGAGUACUGCACGCUGGGUCCAUCUUCUGCAACACAGCCAGCAACUGGAGCUGUCUCCAUCUCAACUGAUGUGUUGAGCAGUGCUUUUCUGGGGAAGGCUCAGUGUCAUCCAAAGAUGAUGUCCCCAUAGCCUUGCUGGCAUUUUCUACACAAGAUGCCAUCUCCUAAACGAUGCUCUGCUAUCAGUGGGUCAUAGAAAUCCUGGUCUAAUGGCACUAAAGAGAGCAAAAUGUAUUCCACAGCUUUGGAGGAUUUUCCUUCCUUACUUUUCCAUCAGUCGGAUGUGAACCUGCCUGGAAAUCUGUCUUGCUGCUGUGAUUCUUGAGCCAGGCUGCAGCAGGCCUGGUGCUUGGGUAGGUUACAGUGUUAAUGAGAAGGUUACCUCCAACCUUUCUACAAGCACAACUCUGUGCAUUGCCAAAACUGACCCCUGCAGGCACAUGUGGUCUGUCCUGAGCCUCUCUCCCUUCCCUGCUCAGGACAGGGUGCCAGCAGCAGUCUCUAGUUUGCAGCCAGUGACAGGGUGGUGAGGCUGGGUCUUGCUCCUCCAGGAGUGGGUGCAGCUGAGCCAUGAUGGCUCCUGAAAUGUUGGAGACUCUGCCUUAGGUUAGACACCCAGCAGGUGAGCGCCAGGAGCUGGUGCCCUGUUCUUGGCAUCCUGCCACUGUUUUCUCUCCUGUUCUCCCAACGAGGUCGUUCUUUCUACCUCUUGUCAUAUUACUUGUCUGUUUGAAUCCCUUUCUCCCUCUCCAACAGCUUGCUUCUCUCCUUCUCCCUCACUUCAGCAAAUCAGCUGUACUUUUUGGCAGGAACAUGAGCUAUUGCUCUGUCCAGUUCAGGCCACUUCAGCUCUGCCUAGUGUUUGUCUGGCUUUCUUUCCUAGAAUAGCGAGGGUUAGUCAGUGAGUGUUUGCAAAGCUGCUUUCUCCUCCUGGCUAGAAGCAUUAAUAAAGCUGCUUUCUCCUCCUUGUGCCUCCAGGCAGGGUAGAGGGAAGCCUGAGGGGAUGAAGCCAGUUCUCUGAUGCCUACAGGGACCUUUAUGUCCUGUGGUGGAAUCCCAACAUUUGGUGCUACAGGAGUGAGGCCGUCCCCACCCUCAGCAGGGGUGUCCUCUCCACAUAUAAGAGCUUAGCAGAACUGCCAGCUCACCUUUCCCUUGCCAGCUGGGAACCUGUGAUUUGGGACAGAAAACGUUGGUUGCUUAAUGGUGGUGUUAGGCCUUUGGUCUUGAGGUCAGAGUUGCCUGGUGAAACAUGCCUGUACCUUUAGCUUGGCAGAGCGAUGCCCAUCAGGGCAGGCAACCAGGCAUGCUUUAUGGCACCAUUACUCUGGUACCUGGACUGUGAUGUUCUGACAUCUAACUGCCCACUGGUGGGUCAGAAGUCCUGCUGCAAAUGCUACCAGUUAUAACCAGGGCUGGGACAGGUCACCCACAGGUAACGUAGAUAGCACCAGGAAUAACACUCAAGAGCUUAAAAAGCUCCUUCCAGCCUCAGCUCCGGGCCAAGGCUCCAUGUCUCUGCUACAAAUCCUCUUAUGGUGAGUGAGAAUUUCCGCUGCUGCUGCACUCCAGGCAGGAUUCACCAGAUGUUAAUAAUGUGCUUAUUUUCUCUAAGUGCUAUUUUGGCAUCGGUGUUAAUUACAAUUUAUAUUCUGCAACAUUUACACUGGGAAAAGAACCCACCCUAAUAGUCCCCAAUUGGCAGAGCUGGGCUAUUAAACGUAGCACCAUAUGUUCUGAGCAGAGCAAUGGAUGGGGCUCGCAGCCCGCUCAGCGCCGAGGCUCCGCUCUGCGGCGUGAAGAGGAGGAGAGAAGAAUGGAGAGGUGGGUGUUUGGUUCCUGCCUUUCAUUUCGUGUCAAAUUUCCCCUCCUUUCCUCUGCUCUCUGCCCCUGUUUCUCCAGAAAUCUCCCUCCUGCUAUCUGCGAGCAUCUAAUGAGGUGAUCUCGGAGCCUGCUGAUGCCACUGUCCACAGUCUGAAAUAAAUGAAUUCAAUUACAGAAGGUGCCCUUCUCGCAGGGAGAGCCUCUGCAGGAUUCCCAGGCCCUGCUGGUGUGUUUCUUGCUGUGCUCCAGGUCACACCUCUCAUCUUUGGGGACUGCAGAAGGAAUCUUUGCUUUGACCACCGAUGAGGUGUCCAUGCCUCUUUGGGAGAAGGAUGCUCUGGGACAAGUGCCGCUAGGGCUUGCUGCUCUGCUGAUGUCCAAAGGCUUCUCACAGUGGCAUUUGGUCCCUGCAGGCUCUGAAGAGUGAUGGUGGCUUUGGUGUGUGUGGGGGCUCUCGCUGGUGUGUCAGUAGGCUUGUUGGAAGGACUGUAGGUUACAGGAUGUUUCCUCAGCUGUUCUGCAAAGCUGAUUUCAUGCUCUUGUUCAAAAAUGGCAGUGAAUCCACUGCUCAGCUUUGGAGAGGGGCUGCGUGGUGUGGCCAAGCUGAGACUAUGGUCACUUGUCAGUUGGGCAGAUGUCUCAGCAGGAGGAGAGAUGGGAGUGCAAGGAAAGCAGGGCAGGACUGUGCCAUGGACCUUGAACUGAAAGCUGUGCACACAGUGGUGACUGACACUGGCCUCAGUUUCCCCAUCUGUGAGAGGGGAGGAGGACUCACCUGCCUGGCCCAAGGGAGCUUGCAGGGGUGCAAGACACUGUCCCCUUCAGGCAAGGUGGGAGGAGAGGGCAGGGCUGGGGUUGUGAAUGCAGGCUGAGAGGGACCAGGGCAGUGACCCUGCUGGUUUUAACUUGCAUGACUACCUCUUCUUCUGCUGGGGCAUCUGAGGCUCUCAGGGCAGGAUCUGUCCCUUCACUUUGCUGCUCUUCAGAGGCAUGACAGUUGUACAGGAACAGGACUGUGAGUCAGGAGAUGUGGGGCAUUUGGGAUGGGAUGUCCUGCCACGGAAACCUGGGGCUCUUCCCUUUGUGGAACUAGUGGGUGCAGAAGUGUUGUGUCUGAUGAUGCGAGUUGCUGUCCCUCCUUAGCCGGGCACAGCAGAGUGUCCAGCCAAAGCUCCUCUGUCUUGCCUGCAGGGAGACCUGUGCUGGAGCCAGAGGAGCCGUGCUGGGCACUGCAGAGGCAAAUCUCCUUCCACUGCAGCUCUCCUGCCUCUUUGAUGAGAUGUGCCGGCAGCCAGGGUACUCCAGCAGGAGAAUCAUUUCCAUAGAAACCAAUUGGGAUGUUGUACAGGGAAUAAUGAUUAAUAGUGAAGGGAUGUUGCCUCAGGCCCUUUUCAUUUUUUAGGAGGCAGUGAGGGACAAACUGGAGCACAGGCUGGGGGGGGGGACGACGACGACGACAGACUGGCUCGAAAACUAAUGGAAACCAUCCCUUCCAUUAAUUUCCAGGGCAGCUUCCCCUCUUCUCCUCCUCCCCUGCCUCCCACUGCUGCUUCCCAGCUUUCGUCAAAUUUUCAAAAUGGCUAACCUGGUUAGAAAUAAUCAUCAUAAUAAAACAGGAUGGAUGAGCUCUGACUACUAACAUUGUUGCUGUUAGCAGCAGGAUUUCAGCCAUAAAACACGAAGCAAGGGAGGCAUUGACCUUUCCGCUGUUUGAAAUGAAUGGAGACAUCAAUAUCUAUUGUUUUGUGGCAUUGACCUCUGACGCUCUCCUUUCGCCCACCCCCUUCUUCUUGUUGUGCUUUUGCUUUUUUUUUUUUGGUGUAAUUUCCCCCUGACACUGGAGGAAAAGGGUCAGCCUGUACCAUCUAUCGAUCCUGCUCUUGCUGGCUGAUAGGGAAAUAAUUAGAGUUUUAAAGAUCUCUGCUGCACGCCGGUGAAACGCAGCCGAGCCCCCCGCGUCCUGCCUUGCCUUCUUCCCCCCCCCCCCCCCCCCAACCCUCUUCCCCAGCCUUCCUCGCUGAGAUUCAAAGCUCUGAGAUCUUAAGGAGGCCAGAUCAAUAUAGGGUUUAAUCCUGGCAGGGGUUUUAGUUCACUUUUUUUUACAUGGUAAAGUGUAGUGGUUUAUGUUAAUAUUGUCAGAGUCUGGCUGCCUGGUGCCUUGUUUUAUUUAUUGUUUUAAGUAGCCCCCUUCUUUUGUGGACUUCAUCUCUGUACAGAGAAUGUGAAAUCAGGCAUUGCUAAUUAGCUGUAUGACAAUUAAGUAAUGUAGCACAAAACCAUUAGGACACUGGAUUUGUUUUUGAAGUUUGUCCUUUGAAGUGGAAGCUGCAACUCCCUGCCCAAGGCUGCCGGGGAAAAUGGUUUGCUAUCAAAACUUUGUUUGAGAAGAAAAUGUCAGUGUAAGAGUCUCUGCUGCUGUCAUCUCUCCCCACAGACAGCGCUGGGAACUGUUCCUCGCUGUGACAACUGCUGCCAUGGAUGGGAAGGGGAGUGCAGAAAAGCACCACGUGGGCAGUUGGUCUCCAGCCACCCUGGGUUCUGGCAGAUGAGUUACCAAACCUGCUCGUUUAGCUUGUCGAAAGAGAACGGUGCCACUUCAGGAGAGAAGACCCAGGGCAUGGCCGUGGGCCCGAAGGGAGGUGACCCUCAGAGCUGUGGGUUCGCCUCUGACACCUCGGGUGCCUCUGGGCCCAAAGAUCAACGGGCCGCUGGGUUUGGGCUCCUCCUCUGUGCACUCGUUUGACACUUGUGUUUGCAUCUGGCCCUUUGUUCUAGUAGUGAGUCGAGUUCUGAAUGUGCAACUUUGCUGUACGCUGGUGGCAUGUAAAACUUCAAAUAAAGAGUGAAACUGAGCUGGAA